UCCCUAAAUCUCUGGUUCCAGGAAAUUUCGGCGUUUUACCGUAAUAAUAAGAAGCCCGCCACCACUAUCCCUUGCUCCUUCGUCCUCAUUACUUGUUUUGACCAAACAACCUUCACUCCCCCUCAUCUCUCUCCCUCUCCCUCUCUCUCUAGGGCGGUCUUUCGACCGUCUCCGGUGAUCGGACAUCUCAGCUCCGUCCAAUUUCAACUGGGGUUUUUGUAGAUUCAUCGAUUUCGGAACGAAUUUCUUCACCGUCGCUGUCGAUUUUGUCCGAGGAUUUCGAGCCUUGGUUUCUUCAUUUUGUGAUUCGUGGUGUUCUUUGAUGUCAACGGCGUCGUCUUCGAAGGGUUUGUGUGACGAGGGGGAUUGGCCACCAGGGUUUCGGUUUCACCCGACGGAUGAGGAGCUGAUUCUGUAUUACUUGAAGUUCAAGAUCUGUAGACGCAAAUUGAAGCUUGAUAUCAUCCGUGAGACCGAUGUUUAUAAGUGGGAACCCGACGAAUUGCCUGGUCAAUCUAAGUUAAAAACUGGUGAUAGACAAUGGUUCUUUUUCAGUCCUAGGGAACGUAGGUACCCAAAUGCAUCAAGAUUGAGUAGAGCUACAAGAUCUGGCUACUGGAAGGCCACAGGAAAGGAUCGAAUAAUACAGUGCAAUUCACGUAAUGUUGGAGUGAAGAAGACACUGGUGUUCUAUCUAGGUCGUGCUCCUAAUGGUGAGCGUACUGACUGGGUUAUGCACGAGUAUACCUUGGAUGAAGAUGAGCUUAAGAGGUGUAAGAAUGUAAAGGAUUACUAUGCGCUCUACAAACUUUAUAAGAAAAGUGGACCUGGGCCAAAGAAUGGUGAGCAAUAUGGAGCACCAUUUAGAGAAGAAGAUUGGGUUGAUGAUGCUGAUUGUCUGGAGCCACAAGUGAAAACAGUUGAUGAGGUUGAUUCUGUAGUUCGUGAAAGAGAUAAUGGUCAAAUUCAGCUUUCAUCAGAGGAUAUUGAGGAGCUUAUGAAACAAAUUGUGAAUGAUCCUGUCCUAGAGUUGCCAUCAGUCAGUGGUUAUCAUCAACUUGGCUCUGCUUUGCAGGUUGAUGAUAAAGAAGAAACUGCAAGUACUAUGAUCGAUGCUUAUGCUCAGGAGCACAUACUUCCUCAAGCGGAUAAAGUAUAUCACUUUAGUGUUCAACCCAGUGAUUUGCAUGCAAGCUUUGACUUUACCCAGUCCGGUAUCUCUCAGUUGCAAUCAUUUGAAGCUGAGGUUUCAUCAGCCCUGAAAGAUUGCGAGGAAGAAGGAGAUUUCUUGGAGAUCUAUGAUCUCAUUGGUCCUGAACCAACUCCUGUGGCAAAUGUCAACCCUUUAGGAAAUAUACCACCUUCAGAGUUGGAUGGAUUGAGCGAGUUAGACCUGUUCCAUGAUGCAAAUAUGUUUCUUCGCGACUUGGGACCCAUCACUACUGAAACAGUUUUAGAUCCAUAUUUGAAUGCUCUUGAUGUUGAUGUUGCAAACAAUUUGAAUGGUAAUUUGCAACAUGUUUCCUAUCAACAAAAUCAGACGGACGAUGGAUUCUGGAAGAACAACGAGACAGAAAAUGCCUUUAGCUUCCACGAAUCACAUGGACAGUUUGUUACUCAAUCAACUUUAGUUGCUGGCUCGAUUAGCUCAUCUACACAGAGCUCUUGUUCAGAUGAAUGAGGUUUGUUUGAUAAGCCAUACUUUUCUCCAUAUGGCAAGAACCGCUCUGUGAAAUAUUGAGCCAGCUUCAGCAAGCUACCUAGUGCGAGUACUUCUCGUGUAUUAUCGAAUUCUCUUGAUUCAAGAGGAGCAAUUCUCCAAUUAUAUUUGUUGACUUUCAUCAUAAAUUGCCAUUAUGGUGCCAAUUCCAGGUGGCAGUUUGUCAAUGUGAAGCAGUAGGGCAGUUUCUAAUUAUGGAACUUUCUGGUCUUGUUUAGGUGUGGGAUGUGAAUCUGUAAGUUCUACAGCAGCAGGAACAAGGGAGAACCAAAGUGCAAAUGAUGGAGGCGGUUCUACAAGUUGGUUCUCUUCCAACUUGUGGGCCUUCGUUGAGUCGAUACCAACCACUCCCGCAUCAGCUUCAGAGAAUGUCAACCGCGCUUUUGAGCGGAUGUCUAGCUUUAGCAGAUUGAGACUAAAUACUCUGAACACCAUUAACACCAAUGUUGCUGUUCGUAAUCCCGAGAGGGGUGAAAGGAGGAGAACGGGUAUGAAUAAAGGAUUCUUUUUAUUUUCAAUUCUUGGAGUAUUGUGUGCAAUUCUAUGGGUGUUGAUAGGAAAUGUUAGAUUAUCUGGUAAUUGCAUUUCUUCAUGAAACUAUUUUAUGAAAGCUGUGCCAUCUUCUUUUAUACCUUUGUUAUAUGCAUAUCUUAAAGUUCCAAUAUUCAUGAUAUCUUCCACUUCAUGGAAACUGAAUAUUGGAUGUAAAGCAAUCUUAGUUACCGCUGAUUAUAGAUGAGAGUUCUAUGAAAUCUAGUUCGAUUUCAAUUAUAAUUCA